AUGAAGCUCAGUUCGAUCAUGGCGACCGGCGCAGCCCUGCAACCAACUAUGACGGCUGUUGCUGUUUCCCAGAGCACCAGCCUGCUAUCAUCCUUCGGUAACCUAACAGACCUCGACCAUCAUCAUUUUGAUGCAGCAAUCGACGCCGAUAUGUGGAAGCGCCGCGGCGGCGGCGGCUCACACGGAAGGGGAGGAAGCACUUCGUCCUCCAAGUCAGGGUCCUCAAGUGGCUCAUCAGGUGGUCGCGGUGCCUCGUCCUCGUCCCCGUCCUCGUCUUCCGGCGGUAGAACAACAACCGGCUCAGGUGUGGCGCCUGCAUACGGCGGCGGGCGCUUCUACGGCGGCGGAACAACGGUCCCCUACCGCGCGGGCUCGCGCUCGAGCGGUGGAAUUGUCCCAUUUGUGCUCGUGAGUGUGGCCUUCUGGCCGGGCGUAUGGCAACAUGCACCGUACUUGUAUCCGUACGACUACCCGUGGAACUACCACAACCAGACAUCGGACCGCGAUGAAGUCAAGCCGGCAAUCUGCGGCUGUGAACCCUACCAGGUAUGCGGCUGUGACGACAAUAACGACCAAGCCUAUAUCCUGAGCAUCAUCGGCAACGGGAGCUACAGCUCCCUCAACCGCAGCGUGGUCUGCAUUGGUGACGUCGAUGGUACCGAAACUAUCCUUAUCAACGGAACCCUGCCCAACGGCACCACGGCCAGUGGCGGCUCACAGCCGCCAAAUACUUCAGGUGGCCCGAGGCACUUGAAUGGGGUGGCCGGCUGGUGGCAGGCGCUUGCUACGGCCGCGUUCGUGGCCUUGUUUGCUU